ACAAAGUGGGCUUUUCCCCUUUCAAGAAAGCUCAUUGACCACAAACCCUAAUACCUCGACUUUGUUCUCUAGGGUUCUUCGUCUUUGCCCUCUGCGAAUGGCGGAUUCUCCUCGCAAAAAGUACUCACGAUCCCCUUCUCCGUGGAGAGCUCAGUCCAGGUCCAGGUCCAGGUCUUGGUCUAGGCCUAGGUCAAGGUCAAGAUCCUGGUCUAGGCCAAGGCAGAGUUCUCACUCUAGAAGUCGUGGCAGAUCAAGGUCCAGAAGUCCUGGCAGGCCUGCUGCUAUAAAUCCUGGAAAUACACUGUAUGUGACUGGCUUAUCAACAAGGGUCUCAGAGAAGGAUGUUGAAAGGCAUUUUUCAAAGGAAGGAAAGGUAGCCUCAUGCUUUCUUGUUGUGGAGCCCCGCACUCGAAUUUCUCGUGGUUUUGCCUUUGUUACUAUGGACUCUGUUGAAGAUGCUGAACGGUGCAUUAAACAUCUCAACCAGUCAGUUCUGGAAGGUCGAUACAUCACUGUUGAGAGGUCUCGGAGGAAGCGGCCAAGAACUCCAACACCUGGGCAUUAUCUUGGGUUGAAAAAUACUAGAGACUAUGGUUAUCGAGGUGAUGGGGAUCGGGAUCGGGAUCGGGAUCGGGAUCGGGAUCGUGGUAGGUAUCGUGGGGGCUCAGGUCGUGAUGACUAUGGAUAUCGGAGGUCUCCAAGGCGCUCACCGUACAGAGGUGGCCGUGAUUAUUCUCCUAGGGGUUCACCUUAUGGCGGAAGAUCUAGAAGGGAGAGGUCUUAUUCUCCCUAUGGCAGCCCUGAAAGGAAGUAUGCUCGUGGCUCUAGAUGAGUGUGUGUUGUUAUUUCCUGUCCAACAAAAUUUACAGACUAAGGGACAAAAUGUAGCAAUGUAAUGAUUGUGUUAUGAAGUCUUAAGUUCCUCUGGUUUCGUUUCUCAUGUUGUUACUAAAUAGUAGGAUUGCUGGUUUGUGCCUUUGGACAUGGGAAUCGAUAUAUAAUAUGUGGCUUAGCUCAUCUCCAAUUUUAUUCUUCCCUGUUUGUACACAGUUUUAUGUGAAAUUUGAACUAUGAGAAAGUUGGUUUC